GUACCCCGAGCGGGUUGGACGAGGGGGGUCUUUGUUGGCUUGGGUGCUUAGGGUACCAAGUACACAAGUACUCGAAACGCGGGUUUUUGUUUUCCACGCGUUACGGAGUUUGUUUUCGUACUCUCAUUUAUGCUGACGGUCGGCUGUGUUUUGAUUUUGAUACCUUUGCUGCUUUGCAGAUGUCGAUCACGAAUACCCCCGCCUCAUCAUCGGAAUCGUUUAUGAUAUUUUUACUCUUCACAUGUUUUUAUUUUAUCAGUAUGGGGGCAUGCAUCAUCAUCACCGUUGGGACGGGGUUUGUUUUUUGUUUUUGACGGGCUAUUUUUUGUUCUUUUUUUUAACGGAGUUCUGCGCCAGCCCUCGUUGUGGUGUUUCUGUCUUAUCUGUUCGGUCUGUCGUUCCCGCACGUGGUUGUGUUUUUUCUUUCUCUUUUUGGUUCGGCUCUGCAAACUGGGAACUUGGGGUUUUUUAUAUUUCUAUGAGAAGCCCAUGCGGGCAUGAGUAUUAUCUUUGUUUUUUUGCGUUUACCUCUGUUGUUAUUCCUCAGUCAACUAUGGGUACUUGGGCAACAUAAUCAAGCUUGUAACCUACAUAUCAUACCUAUGCCCCACUG